AUGGUCUUCAGCGCCAACGCACGAAACGGGCUUGGCACUGAUAGCCGUUCUCAUUGCUGGCUUUUUAUUAUUUUGCCAACAUCAUUUCCCGGUCGCUCUCCACCCAAUUCCCACAUUUCACCCACUCCGUCCGUUUAUAUUACAGCCAACUUCAUCUCGAGCUGUAAACCACCGCCACCCCCCGCCCGCUCCGACCAUCUACCCUUCCGACGGAUUAAUAUACCUCCCUGUAUCUCUCUCUAUCCCAAAACGCCUACACAUUUCCGCCGAUUGUUGAAACAUUUCCCUGAUAUUCGAAUUUCUGUACUUAUUUUUUUUCUUUUUUCUUUUUCUUUUCUCUUUCUUUCUCUUUUUCUCUUUCUUUCUCUUUUUCUCUUUCUUUUUUUUUCUUUCUUUUCUUUCUCUUUUUCUCUUUUCUUUCUCUUUCUCUUUUUCUCUUUCUCUUUUCUUUUUUCUUUCUCUUUCUCUUUUUCUCUUUCUCUUUCUUUUUCUCUUUCUCUUUCUCUUUUUCUCUUUCUCUUUCUCUUUUUCUCUUUUCUCUUUCUUUUCUCUUUCUUUUCUCUUUCUUUUCUCUUUCUCAAAUCUUUCGGUUUUCCCUGCCGCCCUCUUUGGUUCUCCUCUGCGGUUUUUUUCCCUUCCGCCCUCUUUGGUUCUCCUCCCCUUCCGCCCUCUUUGGUUCUCCUCCCCUUCCGCCCUCUUUGGUUCUCCUCCCCUUCCGCCCUCUUUGGUUCUCCUCCCCUUCCGCCCUCUUUGGUUCUCCUCCCCUUCCGCCCUCUUUGGUUCUCCUCCUCUUCCGCCCUCUUUGGUUCUCCUCUGCGGUUUUUUUUCCCUGCCGCCCUCUUUUGUUCUCCUCUGCGGUUUUUUUUUUCCCUGCCGCCCUUUUUGUUCUCCUCUGCGGUUUUUUUUUUUCCCUGCCGCCCUCUUUUUGUUCUCCUCUGCGGUUUUUUUUUUUCCCUGCCGCCCUCUUUUUGUUCUCCUCUGCGGUUUUUUUUUUUUCCCUGCCGCCCUCUUUUUGUUCUCCUCUGCGGUUUUUUUUUUUUCCCUGCCGCCCCUCUUUUGUUCUCCUCUGUUUUUUUUUUUUCCCUGCCGCCCUCUUUUGUUCUCCUCUGCGGUUUUUUUUUUCCCUGCCGCCCUCUUUUGUUCUCCUCUGCGGUUUUUUUUUUCCCUGCCGCCCUCUUUUGUUCUCCUCUGCGGUUUUUUUUUCCCUGCCGCCCUCUUUGGUUCUCCUCUGCGGUUUUCCUCGUCGCUUCUCCUUGUCGCUUCUCCUUGUCGCUUUCGUCGAUUCUCAUCGCUUCCCUUUUAACCCUCGCCAGUUUUCACACUUUUUCUCAUCUUCUCUUCUAA